CCCACAGCAACCAGCAACCAAGACCAGACAAGAGCUCAGCAGAAAAUGGAUGAGCCUCUAGAAGAGGUUCCCUCUGUAUCCUUGAGAAAUGAAAGUCCAGCCACAUCCCCAACUGCUGGUCCCACUAACAACCUUGAAGAUGACAAUCAGCCCAAAGGGGAGGCAAAUUACCACACAGACCGCCGAGUAGCUGACGAAGAUACCCAAAUAGUACAUGACCAGCCUAAAGCCAUCAUAACUUCCCAAGCUGACCAAAAAGUAUCUGAAGAUACUGGGUAUACAAUACAUGAUCAGUUUGACCAACAAUCAUCUGAGCCAACUGAUGGUAAGAUGUCCAGCCAAGCUGAUGAUGUAGUAUAUGGACAGAAUGACCAUAGGGUAUCUGGUCUGAUGGAUAGAACUGCUGAGCAGGUGGACUGCAGACUAUCCAGCCAGCCUCACAGAAGGGCUUCUGAGCAGGUAAGCCCAAGAGUGUCUAGCCAAGCAGAGAGAAAAGCUUCUGAGCAGGUAGACCACAGAGGGUCCAGCCAAGCUGAAAGCAGAGCUUCUGAGCAAGGAGACCACAGAUUGUCUAGCCAGGCCAAAGAAAGAGCUUCUCAUCAGACUGAUGACACAUCAUCUAUGCCAUCUGAUGGAGGAGCAUCUGAGAAUGAUCAAAAUAGAAUGCCUGACCAAGAAACUUCUGAACAGAUUGACUUCAGGUUGUCCAACCUCUCUGGGAGAACUGAGAAAGCUGACUCAAUCUUGUCUGAUCAAGAUGGACAUAAAACAGCUACAAAGUUUCAUGAAGUGUAUAAUCGAGCCACUAAACCAAAUGAACAGCAAGCUGUCUACCAAGCUGACAGCAGUGCUGAUAAAUUUAUGAUUGGUAGAGAUGCCUAUAGUGACGAAGGCCAGGUUAACAAUUUCAUAGAUACACAAGCUGACCAAGAUCCAUCUUACUAUAAAACACUUGACCAGAUUGAGGACAAAAUAUUUGCCCAUUUCAGGAAGCAGGACAAACCGGAUUAUUACAGAAUUCAGUCCUGCAAAUUUGAGGCUAGCCAUUUCUUAGACCUCAGACCCAAGCUUUCAGAGACAAUAGAAAGUGAAAGUCCAACCACUAGCCAAGUCUUCUUCCUAGAUGGUGCCAGACUCACCGAUAAUUUCCCACCAAAAGACCACACCCUUUGCACAAAGCUGCCCUCUAUCUUGUCCAAACUGGACUCUAUCACCACUCAAGAAAAAACUCGAGCCACAAAAAUCAAACCUUUACAGGAUGAUUUUUCAGAAUUCAAGCAGGAAAAGACUUUUCAUUCAGAGGAGCAAACUCUUAAGGGGAAGUUCCCUCCUAUAGUUUAUGAAGAUCCUUAUCAAGCUUCACUCCAGUACAUGGAGAAGCACAACAUCCUGCAGAUAUUCCAGCAGAUCACUGAAAACUUAGUCUUUGAAAAGCCAGAGGACCCCCUGCAUUUUAUGCUGUGCCAGGUAUGGAAUAGGAGAAAAGGAACCACCCUUUUAUUCUCAUGGUUGCAAAAUAUAGCACAUAUAGCAAAUCAUACAACAACUAUACAACAAAAUGUGUGCAACUCCUAAUAUCAAAAUGUAAACAUAUAUGUUCACAUUUUUAAAAAUUAAAAUAUAGCC